GUGGGCGGGUGUUUCCGGUUCCGGGUCGGCGGCGGCGGCCGAGGAAGGGGGGGGGGCGCCGGGGCCGCGGCUGUUUGUAAACUUGUCGGCGCGGCGCGGCGCGGAGCGGAGCGCGGAGGGGCCGCGGCAGGCGAAGACCCGCGGCGGCAGCGGCGGCGGCGGCAGCGGCGACGGCAGCGGCGGCGGCGGCGUCCCCCGGGGGGUGCUGCCGGCUCCCGCCCCGGGGGGGGGGACGGGCGGUGGGGAAGGGGGGGGGGGAUGUCCCCUCUCUAAGAAACCUCCCCCGGCGGCAGCUGCCGGUUCCUGCCUAAAACCCUGCCUAAAACCCUGCCUAAAACCCUGCCGGCCCCUCACCCCCCGGGCUCGAGGAGGAAAGGCCUCGCGGCACCCGCGGCGGCGCCGGGGGGAAGAUGUCGGCAAAGUGGAGGGUACUGGACGAGCCCGGCAAAAAAAAAAAAAAAAAUGAUUAACUGAACCCACCUUUCUAACCGUUAAAAAAAUUCUUUUCCUGGGCGAGAAUUAAGGCUAAAGAAUUGUUACAAUCCCGUUUGUCGAGGACAGACAGACAGACACAAGAUGGCUCAGGCGAGCCUCCUGGCCUGCGAGGGCCUCUCCGGCGUCUGCCUCGUGCCCACGGUCGCCAGCAAGAAGAUGAUGCCGAAGCAGAGCUCGAAGCAAGGGGAGAGCAGGGAGAGGGGGAGCAGCCCCGACGUGCUGGCUCUCCGUCAGGACGGCGAGAAGCCCCGCAGCCGCAAGGAGGACGAAGCCGCCGAGGCCUCGCAGCCCAAGAAAUCCAUUAAAAAGCGCCGCAAGCGGGUGGCCGGCGCCGAGGGACCCAGCCGCUCCUCCCGGAGAGGAUCCCACCUCGGCAGCCAGAUGGUGGUGAUUGAGCAGAACGGCUCCUUCCAGCUGAGGAUCCCCAAAAACUUCAUCUGCGAGCACUGCUUCGGCGCCUUCCGCAGCAGCUACCACCUCAAGCGGCACAUCCUCAUCCACACCGGCGAGAAGCCCUUCGAGUGCGAUGUCUGCGACAUGCGCUUCAUCCAGAAAUACCACCUGGAGCGUCACAAGCGCGUCCACAGCGGCGAGAAACCCUACCAGUGCGAGCGCUGCAUGCAGAGCUUCUCCCGGACAGACCGGCUGCUGAGACACAAACGAAUGUGCCAAGGUUGCCAAACCAAGACCCCCGACUCGCAGCUGCUGCUCUAGGAGCCGAGGAGGAGCCCCCCGAGCCCCCCCCCCGAGCCCCCCCAACCCCGGCACCGACCGUGGGCGGGGGGGGGAACCGCCGACGCCACCUCCCGCGGAAGGAAGGGGGGUUUGUUGGGUGGUUCCCCCCCCCCCCAAUCUCCUUCCUCCCCUUCCUCCUCUUCCAUUUCUCGUGGCUUCCCCCCGCCGCAGGGGCCGGGGAAGAGCAGGCCCCUCGCCCGGACUUCCAGCGCCAUAAAUAACUCGGGGAGGGGGCCCGGGGGGGGGGACCCACCCGGAAAACCACAAACCGCCGCCUUUUCCCCACCACCACCCCCGCGACCGACAAACUGCAGCCUACAAACCUGCCCCCCCUCACCCCCUCGGUUUUACGCCCCCCCGAUUCCCCCCCCCCCCCAAAAUCCUGCCCGUCCUCCUCUCAGGAAAAGCUUGGCGCUCCUAAGCCCGGCCUAAAGUCGAGCAAAACCAAACCCCGCGCCGCCUCCAGAGCCGCGAGCGCGUCCUCGGGGCCGCCGGUCUCAGGUAGGAGGGUCUCGCGGGGAGGAAACACACACACACCCCCCCCCCCUUUUUCUGACCCUUUUUUUCCUUUUUUCAUCGCUUUUUUGAGGAAAAAAAAAACAAAAAAAAAAAAGAGGGGGGAAAAACCCACCGUCCCCCCCCUCCCCGCGCUUUGGCGGGGCCCGGCCGGCGGCAGCUCCGCGGCACUUCCCUUCCGAAUUUCUUCAUAAUUUUUUUUUGGGGGGUUUAUUCACUUUUCCACGUGUGGUUUUUUUUUGGGGGGGCGAUGCUGUCGCUCCAGUGCCCUUUGGGGGGGGGCGAGGGGGUGAUUGAGUGGGGGGGGAGGCUAGAUGGGAGCUCACCCCAAAAAUAGGGCUGUUCUGGGGGGGGAAACCCUGAUGCUGAGUGAGAAAAGCCUCUUGGGGGGGCCAAAGAGGCCAUGGAGAGACCCCCCCCCAGCUCCCAGCCCUCCCUGCCGUGGGGGGGGUCACCCCUGCUCCCCCCCCCCCCCCAGCAUUUUGGGGUGGCCAGAGGAGAGCCGGGCUCUUUGGGGACAGUUUUGGGGACACCAGCAGUGCCUGGCAGCCCCCCCCCCCAAAAAGCACAGACUGUGCUGUCCCACAGCGACCCCCCCCCGCGCUGGGGGGGGGGCAAAGGGGCCCCAAUUUGGCUGCUGCUCCCCCCCCCCCGGCCCCCCCCCAUUCCUCUGGGUGCCACGGGGGGGGGGCACUGUGCUGUCUCCAUUGAUACAGGCACCCCCAUUUCGGGAGCCCCCCCCUAUUUCGGGAACCCCCCCCCCCCAGCCUAACUCCGUCCCCAUCGGCCUUUUGCGUCUGUGGGAUUUGAGGGGGGGGGGACACACACGCCGAUGGGGUUUUGGGGGGGUCCCGGGGGGGGGGCUGGGCAGAACCAAGCACUGAGGUUUCACCGGGUGGCAGAAGCGUGGUGGCCACAUGCAGACCCCCCCCCAGGACCCCCCCCAAACCCGGGGAGGGGGGGGCACAGGGGACCCCCCCCCAACCCCCCCCGGCUUCAUUGGUUUUCUUAGGGGGGGGUGGGGGGGGUUGUUUUUUUUUCAUUGGGUUUAUUUUGGGGGAGGGGGUUUAAUACACUUAUUUUGCUAUGGGGGAAGGGAAGGGGGGGUGGGGGGGGUCAGGGUGCACCCCUGGGGUGGUGGGGGGCGGGGUGCAGCCCCUCCCCCCCGGGGCUGACCUUGCGUCACUUUUAAAUCGUAGUUUUUUUGUUCUUUGCCCCCCCCCCGCAGCGUCGGUCCCCGUGUCCCCCCCCCAGCCUUUAGGGUUUAUUUAAAUAAAAACUCGUCGGGUUUUUUUUC